AAGCAAUUUUAGGGUACAAAGUGAACAUGUAUUUAUCAGUAAUCGUUUAUAAUCUGCUACUGUGUUCAUUAAUUUGGUUUAAUCAUAACAAUAGUGUUUCAACGUUAAUAUUAAAGGAAAAUAACACAACAGCACAAAGAUUAAACGGUGUGAUAGCACCGCAAGUUGGCGCUAAAAAGAAAUUUAUUCGGAAAAUUCUUCUACCGCCUUUAGCUUUUGCAUACAAUGACAAGGAAGAGGAUUCUGCUAAAGCAGCAUCCAAGAAAGAUCCAAAGGAAUCCGGGGAACACCUGAAAGAAAUUGGGAAACAUUCUUAUUCUGAUCAUCACGAAACACACAAGGAAAAGGGAGAAAAAGGUUACAGUAGCAGCGAUGAAAAAGAAAAUGGUGAACAUGGUCAUAAGGACAAAGAAACACAUAAAGGACAUUAUGAGGACCUAGGGGGCAAAAAGAAAAAGUCAUCCGAUGAUCACAAGUACCAGAAUAAAAAACAUAAGUAUAGUGAUUUUGGAAAAUUUCAAAAGUUUGACGAAGAUGGUAUGCAUAAGAAAGGCCAUCACACACAUGGAUCACACAUAAUCAGCAAAAAAGACCAUUAUGUAAAGAACUACGAAUUUUUCGACGAAGACUUUGGAGAUGAGGACCAGGAAAAAUUUGGCGAAUUCCACGAGGAUAGCAGUUUUAAAAAGGGGAAUACCGAAAAAUCAUCCCAUAAAAAAGGGCACCAUCACCAAGACGAAUAUGGCAAGAAAGGUCAUAAUGAAAAGGGCGAUCAGUUUUACAAGAAAAAGGAACACAAAAAAGAUUCUGGCAGCGAUACAUAUGGAGAACAUAAGAAGAAAUAUGGGAAAGAAAAUCACAAAAAAUCAAAAAAAGAUUGGAAAUAUUACCAUGGCUCACCUAAAAAGAGCGACAGCCAUGGAAGUGGUAGCAAUAUCAAAGAGGAGACAUUCAACAAUUUUGCAGUGCUUAAACCGAAGUACAAGGUAAAAGGAAGUACAAAAAAGGGUGGCGUGUAUUCUUUCUGUUGGUCGCACUGUCAGCGUCAAAGUUUUUAAACAAAUUUGAAAGAAUGUUGAAAUUGGGCGAAUUUUUCCCAAAUUUUCUCGCAAACACUACAAUUGGUCCUAUUCAGUUGUAUGAUUGGAUGGAAAAAUCGUGGUGUAUGCUACUGUCCUAUCAUUCCGAUUUUGACGCUGUUUGCACAUCAGAAUUAGCAAGCUUGGUAAAAUUGCACGACCAAUUUCGAAAAAGAAAUGUUAAAUUAAUGGCUAUAUCAUGUGACUCACUGUCAUCCCAU